AUGAAGGGUGCCCGCGAAUUUAUCACUCCCACAUCCUUUUCUGGACUUUUCUACAGCCUACCCCAAAGUCCACAGCAGUUUAAGCAAUUGUUAAUGGUAGGUGCUGUCGAUCGAUAUAUGCAAGUCGCUCGUUGUUUCCGCAACGAACCAUCACGCUCCGAUCGCCAGCCGGAAUUUACUCAGCUUGAUCUAGAAAUGGCCUUUGCAAAUUCCGACGACGUCAUGAACAUUAUUGAAGAAAUGUUGGUUGCAGUGUGGCCUCUAAUCAAUGUUAUGCGAUCUGAUUCCACUGUGCCUGACUUGCCAUUGCCACGUAUGAGUUACCAAUUUGCGAUGGCUCACUAUGGGUCCGAUAAGCCAGAUAUUCGCUUUGAUCUCCGCUUCUGUGAGCCCACUCGUUGUGGGUAUGUUGGAUUCAAGGUUCACGGCACGGACGCCUCGAAAUUUACCAAAUCCGAGUUGAAGAAGCUCCUUGACGAAGUUAACCGUGAUACCGAAGACGGCGUAUCUUUUCUUGAGGUCGCCUCUUGUCCGCCUCACUUGCAAGAGCUCUUGGAUGCUCUGAAGCCAGAUUCUUGCGAUAUCAUUCUGUUCGUGCGUGGUUCUGAAGAUAAGCUGCUCACAGCACUCGGAAAUACUAGAACCAAUUUAGCGCGGUUGCUCUACGCUAAAGGUGUCCCUAUUUACAAUCCCGGGUUGCACUUCUUGUGGAUUUACGAUUUUCCCUUGUUCAGGCGCAAUGAAUGCGGUGAUUGGGAGUGUGUUCAUCAUCCCUUCACGGCUCCAACUUCUGAAACCUUACACUUUGUUUACUGUGACCCGUCCAGAGUGGUUGCGCAACACUACGAUUUGGUUUGCAACGGAAACGAAGUUGGCGGUGGUUCCAUCCGUAUCCAUGACGCCUCCUUACAGCAGUACAUUCUUUCCACUAUCCUUAAGGAGGACACACGGCAAAUGGAAUAUUUUAUAACUGCUUUGAAGUCAGGGGCCCCUCCUCACGGAGGCAUUGCGUUGGAUCGUUUGAUUGCCUUGAUACUAAACACGAACUCCAUCCGGGAUGUCAUCGCCUUUCCAAAAGCGGCAGACGGUUAUGACCUCAUGUGUGGUGCCCCAUCCAAAGUACCCGAUGAAGAUCUUAAACAUUACAGAAUUACCCUAACUAAGUGA